UCAACCAUCCAUAUUUUAUGCAGUAGGAAUGGUCCUUAGCGCCGUAGUUGCUGAUAUUAUUCUAGAAAGUUAGGAUCAACACUUUCAAUCGAAACAGAAACUUUUUGUUUUGAUUUGAUAUGACGUCAGAUGUUUUGGGAACUGAAACUUAGCAAGAAAAUUUCUGUUUGUAAUAUGGUAUUAAAUAAAACGUGUACACCAAAUUUGUACGUCAUACGUAAAUCCGUAUUCAUCUUAUUAACUUUGUAAAUAAACUUGUGUGCUCAGUGCAGAACGGGAAUAUCCCGGAACAGAGCUUUUGUUAGUGUCAACGUUGCUUUAUUUAUAGACGCCUGGUAAAUUUUAUGAAUUGUAUAUGCUUGUAUUUCCUCUUUACAAAUGGAUAGAAAUGAAGCAACAUUUAAGAACUUUUUGAUAGAAAAAAUUGAAAAAACUGGUGGUUCAGCACAAAUUAGAUAUUUAAAUCAACUUCUUUCUAGUCUAAGUUAUGAUGUUAGGAGUUCUGUGGCAAGUAAUCAAGUUGAAUUGAUGAGAUUUUUACGUAAAUACCCUGAUACCUUUCAAGUUGAUGCAAAUGGAAAUGUCAGACUUCAAAGUACUAAUUUACAUGAGACUGAUGCUAAUGAUGAUGAUGAUGAUCGAUCUGUGAAAAGGUUUGUAAAAACUGAACCAAGUGAUGAUUUGCCCAGACAGUUAAACGAUGGUGAAGGCGUUGUUAUUAAAAUCCACCCUACUUUUGGAUUUAUAGCUGCCAAGUCACCUUUGAAGACACAAGUAUAUUUUUCUCCAGCCUCUUUUGGGAAUGAGCAGGUAACACUUUUGACUGAUAUAGACAAGUUGCAUAUUGGCGCAAAAGUUGGUUUCUAUGCAACUAAGCAAAGUAAUGAACAUAGUACUAAAUAUCGUGCUAAAAGAGUGUGGUUUAUAAAGUCUGAAGAAGAUGGUAAUCGAAAUAAAUUCCAGAAUGACUGUGAGCCAAAGAGUAGGAAAACUCGGGAGACUGGAAAAUAUGAUGCUGGUGUUAAUGAAGGUGAAGGCAAGAUUCUAAAACUUUCACCAACCUUUGGAUUUAUAAUAAUUGACAAUGACAAAAAUAACACAGUAUUUUUUUAUAAGAGCAACCUUGCUAAAUAUGAAAACGUUGUGGACUUAAAUAAAGUUUUAAAAGUUGGAGAUUUGGUUGAGUUCAAAGCUGUGCGAACAGCAGAGAAGAAAAAUACAGCACGAUGGUCUGCAACUCAAGUGUGGAUAAAAAAAAGUACUAACGCUAUACCAAACACAAAAGGUAGUGCAGAUUUGCAAAAUGUUGCACCGAAAAAACAGCAUCUUAAAAAUCAAACUGGUAAAAUCUAUCCACACUCAAAAGGAAUUGUUAUAAAAUUUGGUUCCAAGUUUGAAAAUAUCGCAGAUGCUGAUUCCAGUAUAUUUUAUAUGCUGGGUACUAAAGUUAUGGAUGUGUCUUGGGAAUUUUCCGAUGGAGAUAAUGUCCGCUUUGAUGCUGUUGAAAUUAAGUCUCAUCCAGGUUGGAAAGCAACUCUGGUUUGGACUGGGGAAAGGCCAAAAGUAGUUACAGCUCCUGACUUGGGUGAUUUUAGUGAAUUUGCUGAUGAUAUUGAUGAUACGGCUAGCACUAUUUCAAAAGUCUCUGAUAAUUCUAUUUUUUCUGAAAACAGCAGCAGAUCUUAUCAGCCACCAUUAAGCAGAUCUUCAGGUUAUUCGUCAAUGAGACAAUCCCAAGAAAAUUUGCAGCAUUUUAGUGUACCUCCUAGCAGAAACUCGAGCAGCAUUGAAACACGUUCUUACAUUGACAUGGAUGUUGAAGAUAUUUCAGAUACCACUAGUUGUUAUUCAAGGUCUUCAGAUAAAUCUGCUGGUGUUUCUGGUAGGGGCUUUUCAAGAAACUCUCGAGCUCAACGACGAAGAUCAUCCAACCAGAAAAAAAAGUAUUCCAACCAAGAUCUAAGGCAUGAUAAUAUGUACAAUAGUUCUAAUUCAUAUAGUGAGAAUUGGCGGACAAGUGGAAAUAGAAACUCAAAUUCUCAUCAAGAAAAAAGGCAGAGAAGUUUAAACAGAAAUCCUGAUUUAUAUCACAGAAGGCAGGAAAGCUUAAACAGAAAUUCAAGUUCAUACCACGAGAGAAGGCAGGAAAGCUUGAACCGAAAUUCAAGUUCAUACGAUGAAAGAGGGCAGGAAAGCUUAAACAGAAACUCUAAUUCAUAUAAUGAAAAAAGACAGGGCAAUGUAAAUAGAGGUUCAAAUCCUUAUCAGGAAAAGAGGCAAGGUACUGUAAACCAAAAACCAAACUCUUAUCAGGAUAGAAGACCAGAUAUGAAAAAAAGGAGUUCAAGUGUUGGAAAGAAUUCUGCACAUCAAAAUGUUGAACGAUUUAAACGAUAUGAGGAAAUACUUCAAAAGUAUAUUGUUGACACACCAAAAGAACCUGAAGAUGACAAUAUUAGUACAAUCUCAGAUUCUUCCAAAAGUGAUGUUUCAUUUAAAGAUUCUCCACCUGAAACCAAGACUUACAUAAAUUGGGCUGAUACUCCUUACCCAGGUGAAGAUGACGAUCUAGAAAUUGAUGAUGAUGCAGAAAAAGACGACAUAGAAACUGAAAAAGUGGCUACCCAAAAUUCUGCGAAAGAUUCUAUAGAUGAUGCAUCUGUUAUCAAUCAGGACGAGGUGUACAACUCCGAAGAUGAGUUUAGUGACGCAGUUGAAGAGAGAGCAGAAUCUCUUCCACUCGAUGAACCACUUAAAUUAUUAGCUGCAAAUGAUGAUUUGUCAACUGAUGCCAAAGAAGAAAAAGUUCCUACUAAGUGCUGCGUUAAAAUCUUCAAAGAAAUUGAAGGAACAAUGAAAAAGGUGCAUUGUAAAUAUGGUACAAUUAUUUGCCCCUUGUUGCCCCAGCCUGCCAAUUUUUUCUGGCAAGAUGUCUAUCAUAAUGAAAUACCAGUUUCAGACCGAUAUGAUGAUUUGAGAGAAUUUCUGAAGGUAGGAGAUGUUCUAAAAUUCAAUUGUAUCAGAGUGGUCGAUGAGGAAGAAUGUAAUUUUAUUAAGUGCACUAUGCUGUGGAAGGGCAAAAAGCCUAAUAUUGUCGAAAUGACACCUCAGCAAUAUAUUGCCAGUGAAAAAUUGAAAGUUUUCCUUAAAGAUGAUAAUUAUGAAAUAGAAGUGGUAUCACCUAGUAAUCCAACUCCUGCCAAUGCACCACCAGAGCAGCCGAAACGAAAAUUUUUAGUCACUGUAAAUAGUGAAGAUUCAGACAGUGAGGCUGAGGCAUCUGCCUCUGCUGCUAAACCUUUGCCAAAUAGCUCUGAACACAAAAAGGUUUCUUCGAAUGAGAGUGAAAGUGGUGCUGAGGCGUCUGCCUCUGCUGCUAAACCGUUGCCAAACAGAUCGGUACACACCAAAGUUUCAAACCUUAGUUCAGAUGAGAGUGAAAGUGAUGCUGAGGCAUCUGCCUCUGCUGCUAAACCGUUGCCAAACAGAUCGGUACACACCAAAGUUUCAAACCUUUGUUCAGAUGAGAGUGAAAGUGAUGCUGAGGCAUCUGCCUCUGCUGCUAAACCUUUGCCAAGCAGAUCCGUACACACCAAGGUUUCAAACAUUUCUUCAGAUGAGAGUGAAAGUGAUGCUGAGGCAUCUGCCUCUGCCGCAAAACCGUUGCCAAACAGAUCCGUACGCCCUAAGGUUCCAAAGCUUUCUUCUGAUGACAGUGGAAAUGAGGCAGAGACAAAUUCCGAUAAAAAUGAACUUAUAGAAGGAAUUAGUAAAAUAAUUAAAUAUGGUGGACUGCCUUCAUGUUCUCGGGUUGACUUGACGUCAGUUUCUUCAGAAAUAUUAAAUUUUGUUUUGAAUAUGUGUGCUGUAAAAAAACUUGAAGCAGUGAACCAAUCUGUUAAGGAAACCCAAACAAUUGAUGACACAUUGCCCGAAUCAGUGCCUACUAGUACAGCAUCCCAAACUAUAUUUACAGGAGAUGUUAGAGGAAACAAUAUAUACACAGAGUGAUAAUAAUUUAGUUGAAUUCUAAAUUCGUUACUUAGUUCCUGUCAUCCCAUUCAUCCUUGUCUUUUAUGUUUUGUUAUUUGAAGCUCAAAGCAAUCUUUUAAGUUCAUUUCGGCUAUUUCGUUCAGGGAUACUAACUACUACAGCUUUUCCCAAUUUCUACAAACUUAAGUGCUAAAAUAUAAAAAAAAAUCCAGUUUUCAGUUUUUUAAAGUAGUACAAUGCUAGUGUUUCAUUUGUAGAUAAUCCCUCAUUUUGUAAUAAUUAAAGAUUUACUUGUUCAGUAAAUAGUUGAAUAUCAUUUGCUUGUACAGAAUUCAGGGUGCGCAGCAUUUUAAAAAAGUGCUUAAAGGUGCUUUCUUUGUUCGGGGUUUGUAAAAAGUGCUUAAUU